CCAAUCACAUUUGCAUCCCCGUCAACACAGCUAAAGCCCAUGUAUGUGUACGUAUUGGUGCGUUCAUACCACAAACUACUGACGAGACAAUGCCAUCAAAGACUGCAACAACAACAGUCACUGCGGCAACUACAUCUGCCGCACCUCCAACAACAAUUGAACUGACUACUUCCACGACAACAGCUCCGACUUCAACAUUCAAAGCGACUGCGGCAACCACAUCUGCCGCACCUCCAACUACACUUGAAGUGACUACUUCCACGACAACAGCUCCGAUUCCAACAUUCACAGCGACUGCGGUAACCACAUCCGCCGCACCUCCAACUACACUUGAAGUGACCAUGACGACAAGUCCCAUGUCAACUUCAACAACUUCAAAUGGGACUACAACAUCUGCUGAACCGACUACAUCAGCUCCAACAGCAACUUCGGCUGCCACAACGACAACUGCUCCAUAUAACGGUACAUGUGUAACGGAUAUCGACUGUGCUGUUCCUCCUGGACGGACGUGCUCUGGUGGUGUCUGCAUAUGUUCCAUCGGAUACGACAUGGACGAGACCAGCGUUACCUGCAGAAAGCUGACAGAAUGUUCAUCAUUUGGUUCGGGCUUCAUCCUCUACGUGGACAAAGUCAUCAAAGGGUACGCUGUCUACAAGUCUUACACCACGCCCGCAGACUGUGCCCGCUUGUGCCUGAAUGCAACAUCUACGUGCAGAUCUUUUGAAAUGCAAGACACAGUCUGCUUUUUGCAAGCAGUCACGUGGUUUUCAGUCCCAAACCAUAAACGUGUGUCAUUUCAAGGUGUUAAUCACUACCAACGAAGAUGUGCCUGGUGA